AUAAUUAACGAGUUUCAGUAACCUUUUCUAUAUUAAUAUAGAUUCAAAUUAUUGGUCUUCUAGGUUCUUUUCUUUUCUUUUCGGUGUUUAUACGGCUCGAUUCAUCUAAUCACGAACAGAGUUAAAACUUUGUUUAGGCCCAUUAGCCCAUGUGCUUUAGUUGCAGAAUGCAUACCAUGCACUACUUUGUUCGGCUCAAAAUCCAGAUACCAGGACUAUGAUGGAGGCCCAACCGGCUCUCUUGUGUUGUGUGGAGAUAAGAUACACGAUUUUUCCAACUAGAAACGUGGCAUUUUCUCCACUUCACAUAUGCGGCACAUUGUUCAGAAAAUUGGCCAUGCACAGUUGCCCAACAAAAUGAAGUAGCUGCUCAAAAAUAAGAAAUGAAGAUAUGGAUGCUUCAACUACGAAUAGCUUCUAUAGCCAUUAUGUUAUACUUGUGUCCAUCAACGAGCAACCUUCACCCUCUUAUUAUAGUACCAGGGAGUGGUGGAAACCAGCUGGAAGCCAGGCUAACCAGUAGCUACAAGCCCACUAGCCCAGUGUGCAAUCGUUGGUAUCCAUUAGUAAAGCAGAAGGACGGAUGGUUUAGGCUAUGGUUUGAUCCCAGUGUUAUACUUGCCCCAUUUACAGAAUGUCUUGCUGAUCGUAUGAUGCUUUAUUACGACCAAGAUCUGGAUGAUUACUGCAAUGCCCCUGGAAUUGAAACCAGGGUCCCUGAUUUUGGUUCCACAAAAUCACUUUUGUGCCUUGACCCUAACCUCAAGCAUGUCACAGAAUACAUGGCACCUCUGGUGGAAUCUCUAGAAAAAAUUGGCUACAUCGACGGUGAAUCACUGUUUGGAGCUCCUUACGAUUUUCGAUAUGGAUUAGCAGCAGAAGGUCAUCCAUCCAAGGUUGGUUCUAAGUUCUUGCAAGAUUUAAAAGAACUAAUAGAGAAAGCAAGCAAUCUUAAUGGAGGAAAGCCGGUAAUAAUUCUUUCACACAGCUUAGGAGGCCUUUUUGCGCUUCAACUUCUGAACAGAAAUUCACUUUCUUGGAGACAAAAAUUUGUCAGACACUUCAUUGCACUUUCUGCUCCAUGGGGUGGAAGUGUUGAAGUAAUGCUUACUCUGGCUUCAGGAAAUACACUUGGGAUACCCUUUGUUGACCCAUUGCUAGUUAGGGAAGAGCAAAGAAGUUCAGAGACCAACUUAUGGCUUUUACCUAAUCCAAACGUAUUUGAUACAAAACAACAACUCGUCAUUACUCCAAACGCCACUUACUCAUCAUAUGAAAUUCCCCAAUUCCUUGAUGCCAUUGGUUUUUCCAGAGGGGUUUAUCCUUACAAAUCGCGAAUUUUACCCUUAAUGGAGGAGCUAAUCGCACCUGAGGUUCCUAUUACAUGUAUAAUUGGGAGUGGUGUGAAGACGGCUGAGACUUUAAUUUACGGUGCAGAUGGAUUUGACGAGCAACCUGAAGUUGUUUAUGGAGAUGGAGAUGGGACAGUGAACAUGGCUAGCUUGUUGGCAUUGGAGAAGAUAUGGAGUGGUGAUAAGAAAAAUCAACCCCUUAAGGUGAUAAGUCUUGGUGGGGUUUCUCAUACAUUAAUACUCAAACAGGAAAUAGCACUUGAUAGAAUCAUUGCAGAAAUUUCUUGUGUAAAUACUAAUGAAAUGAGCACAGCUUUAUGAGGAUUUUCAUGCGUAUGAUAUCAUGAUCAUACGGGGAAUGUAAUUUUGGUUAUCUCCAAACAAUUCAUUGAUUCCUGAACCGGUAUUCAGGUAUCUAUUUCUAUUUGAUAUCUGAAAAGAAGAUUUUAUCAA